CAUACAUGAACGUUGAGCUUAGCUCUGUCGCCUCUGUGUGGCGAACUUUAGUAAUUACACCCUGGUGUGUCUCAGGAAUAUUAAGGGGUUGUUACGUCAUCGACAGGCGACGCGCGGCUAGGAGAGGGCAGCAGUAAGAAUGCUUUUUUACUCGUUUUUCAAGUCGCUGGUGGGGAAGGACGUCGUGGUGGAGCUCAAAAAUGACCUGAGCAUCUGUGGAACGCUUCAUUCUGUUGACCAGUACCUGAACAUUAAGCUCACAGACAUCAGCGUCACAGACCCGGAGAAAUAUCCACACAUGCUGUCUGUGAAAAACUGCUUCAUCCGUGGAUCGGUGGUCCGUUACGUUCAGCUGCCGGCAGAUGAAGUGGACACUCAGCUGCUGCAGGACGCUGCACGGAAAGAAGCCAUGCAGCAGAAGCAGUGACGGGGCUGCGGGGCGGGGUGGGGGGUAAGGAGAACAAUGAAUGGGUAGUUCUGGUUUUGGGUUAAGUUUGUGCAGCCUCUCUUUGUCUCUGAAAAUGUGUCUUUGACAUUGGGGAUCAGUCAUUAGCAGUUUUUGUUUUUUUUAACCUCACAGACGGUUUGGACGUCGUCGUUUGAUCCCUUUUUUUGGUUUUAUAUAGAAAUAAACUAAUCAGAGAGUCCAGAGAGGAAACCUGCUGUGAUGUUCAUGUUGAUGAUAACAGGCACACUUUGCUUAUCAAGUUGUGGCUUUUUUUAUGCCUCUUGGAAAUAAACAUUAUUUUAUUUAUAUUUUCA